UCACCGAAGAUCGAGCCACAGUGUCGGUUUCUUCGUCAUUCUUCGGCCCUACGCCCCGAUCGGGAUGUGAAAAUCAAUACAGCGCGACCCGUGAUUGUGUCCCCCAUGAAUAACGUGUUAACCUAGCAAUCCCUCUCUCGAUGAACAGUCUUCAAAUAUUCUUCGAUUAGGUUCCAUCCCGACGCGGAAAUCUUGCCCCGACGAUAAUGCCACAUCGCCGUUUAUUUAUAGACCUCGAGCGAUUCCCGUGCCGAGGUGCUAGAAGGAAAAAGUUCGCCCCGCGCUUGUACACGACUCGAAAGUUAAGUCUUUCUUCAUCUCUCGUUUCCGUCCCUGUCGAGAUCGACGUGACGUAGAACGCAUCCUCGCUUUUAAUUUACACGAGAUUUCUUAAUGUUCGAUCUUAGCUGACAAAGUGCCAAUCUGCGGCUUCCCUUCCCACCUUGCGUCGUACUCGUUUCUGAACGACUACGUCAAGUAUCUCGUGCUCGGCCCGACACGUUAACUCGUAUGGCAUCGUCUAGGUGUACCUAACCUAACUUUUCGGUGCCAGGUUUAACAAACCAAGUUCACCGUUUUCGUGUCCUUGACGCUUACCGAGAAUUAAAUAAAAACCCAGUGGAAGGGUUUUCAGCAGGCCUCAUAGACGACAAUGACAUAUAUCGAUGGGAAGUGCUUAUUAUUGGACCUCCGGAUACGUUGUAGUGGUUUCUUCAAAGCACAUUUACAAUUUCCCAAAGAGUACCCGCUCAGGCCACCAAGAAUGAAAUUUAUAACAGAAAUAUGGCAUCCCAAUAUUGAGAAAAAUGGAGAUGUGUGCAUAUCGAUUCUGCACGAACCUGGGGAUGACAAAUGGGGAUAUGAAAAAGCAUCGGAGCGAUGGCUGCCCGUUCACACGGUUGAAACAAUUCUCAUUAGUGUCAUCAGCAUGCUUGCUGAUCCAAAUGAUGAAAGCCCAGCUAAUGUAGAUGCCGCCAAAGAAUGGAGGGAAAGUUAUACGGAAUUCAAGCGGAAGGUGGCAAGGUGCGUCAGAAAAAGCCAAGAGGAGUGUUUGUAGGGGAAGAACAAAUAUUCAAACGGAAAGACUUAUUUAAUUCUGGGAAGCCGUAAGCACUGUAAGAAGGAAGCAGAAGUUCAGCAUUAAGCUAACAAGUAACAGUGCCACUAAAACGGAUUAAGCCUGACCCAUCCUUACGCAGAGAGGGAGAAAGAGAGAAUAGCAAGAGAGAGGGAAAGAGAGAGAAACGACCUCACGCUCUGUCGAAUCCCUGGACCACCGCCGCUGACAUACCGUCUAUCAACACGAAGAAUAUAAGAAUACACGCGCAGCUCACGUUUUACAUGAUAAACAGCUAAACACUAAUUUACAACUAUACAUAAAACAAGAAAAUCAUCUGUACGAAUACUACCGUAAUAUUAAUAGUUAUUGUAAACUUAACCCCCGCCCAAUGGCCCUCGUCCCCUGAGCCCGACAGCCCCGUCACCAUGUAAUUUAAAAGAAUAUGUUUACGUUUAUCACUCAAUAAUAAUUCCUUAGCGUCGUUUCGUAUUUUCUUACUUUCGUAUAUAUAAAUAAAUUUUUGUAAAGUCAAAAAUACGGGAAGCAACAAUUGUCGGAUGUAUGACAGUGAAAAGGAAUGAAAUACAUACGAAUUACUAUGGAUACAAUGAUACUGAUAUCGAGUAACAUGCAUGAUAUAUCUCAGCGAUAAGAAUAAUUAUAUAACACUUUUGCCGAACCGUAAGUUGCCAAAAUAACGAAUUCUAACUAGAGUUAUGGUAAUGAUAAUUAGUCGAUUUAACGUUAAGCGUAUGGCUAAGUACACGCUGUGAAACUUUGUACUUGUUCUGCUAUGUACGCUAACUGCAGGAGUGGCUCAUCUUCCCUCUCUUUGCACUCUAACUUGCGGUUCUACUAUUACAGAGUUAGGUUGAGAUUUCAACAAUUUUGUCCAAGUAUAUAACAAUAUUGUCAAUUAAAUUCUAAAACACCGACGAUCUUACUAAAUUUCUCUUUGUGCUUCUCUCGAAAUUCAUGUUCGUCUAGGCUGUUCGAAGAAUAGAUGUAUUGUGAUCUGAGAAAAGAGAUUAUUGUUUCUUAUUAUGUAAUGGCAUGCUCGAAAUAGAAGCGUCACUUUUUAUCCGUGUACAACUAUUAAAAAAUGGUUACCCUUCGUUACGCGAUAGGUCUCGCAAGAAAGUGUAUUUUGCUAAGUAUUUUAAAUUUCACUAUGAUUUAAAGUAUUGUUUUAAUUAAUCGGAGAUAUUUGCAGAAUGUUAAACACGUUUGCCGAAAUGA